UUUUUAAUGCUUGUGAUAUUUUUUUCUCUCCGGAAAAUUGAGUUUUCGGGGGUUUGAGGGACUUGUGUUGACUAUUUAUUUUUUUCUUGGGGUUUUUGGAGGUUUAUGAGGGGCUUCAGAGAGGGAGAAUGUUCUCCACAGUGUCUGAUGUCUUGAGGAAUUUCGAGGAGAUUAUUGUCGACCACAUUGACGUAGAUUUCACACUAUGGCUCUCGUGGCUGCUCAUGCCACUGCUAGUCACGUUUCUAUUACCCGUUGUUAUUCUCUUACUCCUGUACAUGACUGCGUUGAUAUUCUACAUUUACAAACUGCAUAGAAAACGAUUGAGAGAAGCUUAUGGCAAAGAUUGGAAAUCUGCAGCGAGAAGUGUUGUUGCUGCGAUAUGGGAUGUUCAUGGAUAUAUUUAUUACGGAUACGAAGUUGUUGGAAUCGAGAACAUUCCAAUGGACUCGCCAGUAUUAUUCAUCUACUAUCACGGCGCUGUGCCCAUAGAUCUCUACUACUUCAUAGCAAAAAUUGUUCUACUCAACUCAAAAGUCAUUCACACAGUGGCGGAUAAUUUUUUCUUCAAAGUCCCCGGCUUUGCCAUCAUCUGUCACGUCAUGAAGAUGAUCCCAGGUACGAUUCAAACGUGCUCAGCUAUUCUGAAGGAGGGAAAUAUGCUGGCUAUAUCUCCUGGAGGUGUCUACGAGGCUCAGUUCGGUGAUUCCUACUAUCAAUUACUGUGGAAGAAUAGGCUGGGCUUCGCUAAGGUUGCACUCGAUGCUAAAGUGUGUAUCGUUCCAAUAUUCACUAAGAACGUGCGAGAGGCAUUCAGAGCAAUGAGUUGGGGUAGACGAAUUUUCCUGAGGAUGUACGCAGCCACGAAAAUUCCAUUUGCUCCACUCUACGGAGGCUUCCCCGUUAAACUUAAGACAUACAUUGGUAAACCUAUUCCCUACGAUAGUAGUCUGACGCCAGAAGAAUUAAGGGACAACGUGGCGAGGGCCCUUGAAGACCUGAUCAAGGAGCACCAGAGGGUCCCGGGGAGCAUAAUGAGGGCUUUAAUCGAGAGAUUCUACGAUCCCUCGAGCUCGAAAGAUCAUCACUCGUAGUUUUGAAGAUUAGAAGAUUAGAAAUUCCAGUGGAAUGUCCAUUAUCUCCAGAGUUGAGUCAUUAUUCUUCAUCAACUCUAUUGAAUGAAAGACGAACUUGUCAUUUAGUUUAAGAUUCAGGGAUUUUAGGUGAUUUUUUUUUGAGAUGGCAAUUUUUUUACACCCUAUGAAGUUCAUUUAAUGAAUUCCUCGCCUUCCUCAUUGAAUCUCAGAGACUUAAUUCUUAAUUAAUGCCCUAUUACACAGUAUGAAUAGAACAAAUUAGUCCAAUUUAUUGAAAAGAGAACAAUGAAAUCGCAAUACAGUGAUUUUUAAUUACAUUCCUCAGUCGUUUAAAAAUGGAUUCCAUAAUUAGAAAUUCAUUUCACAAAGAAAGAGACAUUAGGGAGUAAAUUAUUGAUAAGUAGUUGUGAAGUCGCACAAAAGUCAGAAGAGAUUUUUGCAUGAUGCAAUGAGUAUUUCCAUAAUUGUGCAAUAUUUUCAGCUAUGGCAAUGAUCUUAAGAGGAUUAUGUAUACAUUUACGGUUACGUUAUCUAGUAAUAAUACUAGGCUCAGAUUCUGAGUGAAUAGAAAAAUUUAUUUAUUGAUUUUAUACA